CGUUCCUCGCCGCCGAGUACGGCGGCGCAAUGGGACAACUACGGUCGUUUGUCCUUUUGUUUUUGCUUUUUCCCUUCCGUUCCGGACUGUGUAGCUAAAGGUGCUCCGAGCUGCUUUGAUGCCCCGCCUCUAACGGCCCUGCAGGAGCAACGGAGCGGAUACGCGGGACCAGGCAGUCGUUUCUUCGCUGGCCUCAGGCUGAAUUCUGCAUAUUUGCCAGAAGUUGCAUUGACUCGGCAGAAGCAUUUGUGGGUCUGUGUGGACAAGAGUUAUUGCAUGUGCUGAAACAGUCCCCUCGAAAAGCAGUUGUCAUGCUGUCAUAUGUACAAAAGUUCCACUGUUUAGGGAUACUGUUAUGUAAAUUAAAGAGUGCUGCAGUGUAGUAAUGUUAAAACGUUGCAAGCAAACAACAAAAUGAGCAAGAGAACAAGCAGUGACAUUCCAUUAGGAAGGAUGAGUUCAGCAGCAUUCCCAUCUCCAGCUGCCGAAAUGGCAGAAAUGAAUCGCAUUCAAUAUGAAAUUGAGUAUACUGAAGGGAUCAACCAGAGAAUGAGGGUUCCAGAAAAACUUAAGGUAGCUCCACCAAACGCUGACCUUGAACAGACAGCUCCUGAAGGAGGACUUCCAAAUGCCAGUGUAACAAUGCAAGUGCCGGAGCGCAUUGUAGUGGCAGGCAAUAGUGAAGACAUUCCACUUUCCAGGCCACCAGAUCUAGAUCUUCUCCAGUCGACGCCGUUCAAUCCUCUGUCACUGAAAACACCACCCCGUGUUAUUUCACUCAGUGAACGGCCACUAGAUUUUCUGGACCUAGAAAGAGCCACUCCUCAGACGGAAGAGGUUCGCUCAGUAGGAAGACUGAGAAGAGAACGUUCAGUGAGUGAGAAUGCAACUCGUCAGAAUGGUCAACUGAUAAAAAAUGAUUCUAUUGCGACACCAUCACCUCAGCAGGUUCGUGUUUGUCCUCCCCAAAUGUUCACUGAAGAUGGAGCUAAUCUUUACUCUGCCCGGGGCAUUUUGUCGCUCAUCCAGUCUUCUACCCGUAGGGCUUACCAGCAAGUCUUGGAUGUGCUGGAUGAAAAUUGCAGAUUCUCAUACUCUAAGCCUCUUCAGGACUGCAGCUGUCCCUCUCCAGGUGUUAACCCCAGGUCCAGUCAAUGCUCCACAUUCUUGAAGAUUGCGCCACCAAGAAAAAUUCAAAAAAGAUUUGCCACUUGGGUGAUCCAGAACAUAGUGUUAGCUGACCAAAUCAUUGGCUUUGAAUUCUGGUGAGUUUAAGGUACAUUUGCUUUGGGGAUUGCCACUUCAGUUGCCUUUGAAUACAGCAUCCCUUCUGCUACUUGUUCUGUGUUGCUCCCUGGUAAACAGUAGACAACUAAAUGUUUAUGUAGCAUUGUUGUUUGGAUAUCUGAGCUCUAGCAGACCUGGUAUUGCAAUACCCCCAACUCACCUCCAGAAAGUUAGCUUGCUACUUGUCUUAUGUGUGAUGUGCAGAGACCAGACAGACAGGUUGCCUCCCUAUAACUGUAGUUCUCUGAGUGGUCCUCUGUACAUUUACACAACCUAUUCACCAUCCCAUUUUUGUGUCAAAGUCAAGUUCAAUAUUGUCACCAGAGUCAUCUGUAGUAUUGAUGUUGGUGUCUAACUUAAUACUGAGAAUUUUCCUUCCAAAAGGUGGGCUCAGGGACAUGAAGGAAUAGGUGGGAACCCACUAAGGAAAUGCACACUAGGAUGGGAGAGGGGGUCCACCCAAAUUCCUCGGUUAUAGAAGUUUUAGAAUUGAGUGACAGAGCUUGUAUAAGUGACUACACAAAUGACCAUACAGAGACAUACAGUUACAUGUAAUUAAACUGUCUUUGCUACAUGGACCAUGCAUGUCUCUGGAAAUUACUUGGGCUGACUUGCAGCUGACUGUGGAUUUCCCACAAAUGGUGCUGUGUGGGGGACAAUGCUAUAUUAUAUGAUAUUUUUGUCUGCAGUGUUUGAACUAGGAUAACUAUUGAACACAAGAAAGUAAUGAUUAGAUGUUGUAACUGGUGAGUGAUGGAUAUGUAUGUUUAGUCUUGUUCUAAGACUGGAAGCUAUUAAACCUGGAAUAUAUACUUUUAGCAAAUGUAUUUUAGAAUACCACUAGAAUAUCAAUUUUCUCUUGGGUGUGGAAGAACAACCUCAUGUGGAGUCCCUCUUUUCCUUUAUAACUCGUAAUUCAACCUAUUCUUGUCCUUCUGUCUUAAAACAUGCAUUUUUCUAGACUCCAUCAACCGAAUUUCAGAAGCUAAGUAGGGUCAGGCCUGGUUAGUAUUUGGAUGGGAGACUUGAGACUUGCAUUAAGCAGGCAGUUGGACCUGAUGGCCUUCUAGAUCUUUUCCUGAUCCUGUAAGAUCUUGCCCUGUCCUGUCCUAUCUUUGGCAGAUGUUGGCUGGAACAAGGAAACAUUCAAUAUAUGGCAGGAGUGAAAAAUGUAUGGCCUUCUAUAACUUUCAUGAUCCCUAGUCAUCAUAGCUAAUACCAAGAGAUUACAGGAGUUACUGUUCGACAUCAUGUGAGAAGCUACACAUUCCCCAUUCCUGGCAUAAGGAGUUGUAGAGAAUGGGCCCAUCUCUGUUCCUUAUAUACUGAUUCAUCAUUGGAUUCUGAGGAGGAGGAGGAGGAAGUUGGGGAGAGGACUUUGACAUUUAAAGGCUAACUAGUGAAGGUUCUCAGGCUUAGCAUAAAAUCAGCCUACUUUAGAAGGGACUGAAGAAUUUUCAGGAGGAGAGGGAAAGCAUAUGCAAGUCCCAGUUCUUAACCUACUGAGAAGGCAUAGGGAGAAGUGAGCUGCUCAUUUGGAUGGUGUCACCAUUCUUGCCAUCUUGUCCUCAAGCAGUGAGAACCACCAUAGAGUCAGAAGCUUUACUGAAAGGAAGGAUGGAAGGAAAGUUUUCAUUUUGAAUUCAACAUUUUGCAUGGGCAGAAGCAUCUCCCUUAGCUUUGGUAGAAGGCUAUUUAGAGUUCAUUCUGUUCAGUAAUCUGUAUACCUUCAAUAGAAGAACAGCACUUCAAAGGAUUGUCUUCAGUUUAAUAACCAGAACCAAAGAGGAGUGGACCAGCUGAGUCAGGAUGUGGGAUAAAUUGUACUAUAUGGUACAAGUCAGAGGCAGAAAAGCUUUCAACAAUGAACCUAUAUUUUUAUAAUAUUCCAACUUAUGCAAAUUAGUAUAGAAACACAAGCCCUGUUUCUCUACAAGCAUCUUAUUAGUGCCUUAGGGGCAGGCUUGUAUUUAAGUGCUAGACUGAUAGGGAUGUAUGACCUGGAAAUGCAUGCAUGAAAUUCUAUACAGAUGAGUGGGCAGAUUGGCAGAAGAAAGUGCUCCAUUCUUCCUCUAUGUCCAAGGUAGAAAUGGAGAGAUUGGUUAGUGGUAGAUCAUAUGUUAGCUUAGUGGUAGAUCAUAUGCUUUGCAUUCAGAAGGUCCCUAUUUUAUUCCAUGGCUUCUCCAAGCAAGAUGCAGAAAUAAUCUGGAGAAUCACUGCCAGUCAUUGUUGACAAUACUGGCAAGCCAAUGGUGUCUCUUCCUAUGUUCCAAACAGAAUGUUAGAGAAGCAAAACCCCAUCCCCAUAUUCAACACAGAAAUCUAUAGUGCUGUCUGCUUGUUUGAAGGGAUACCGGUAAGGUGCUCUUCAUGUGUCGUCUGCUGUCAACAGUACCUUGCAACAUGGCAGGCAGCAGCAGAACUGAGUGGCUGGGAAGGUAAUAAUUUAAAUUUUCUACAGUGCACCAAUGUGACAUUAGGUUGGAGCAUCAUGGGAAAUUAAAAUGGUAGUUAGACUCAGCCACUCAGUGCUGUUUAGACUGGUAAACUGAAAAAAGUUAACGGGAUCUACCCAGUGCAAGAUCAGUGGCAGAUUGUUCCAGAGCCCUGGAGUUCUGGCAGCUGUUCAAGAACACUAAGGAAAAAUUUAAGUCCUGGUUUUUCAUCAUUUUUUGCCAACUCCAAGUAAAAUAUUUUAAGCAAGUAAUUUUUCUAGGCUUAUCUAUAGGGUUGGUUUUUAUUUUACUUUUGUCUGGGAAUGUAAAACACCAGGUCUCCAACAGCUAGAGACCAGCCCAAGACACCUGUGCUGCUAUAAAGGUCAGAGGGCAAACUUCAGUUGUGCUCCCCCCUCAAAAAAAACCCCUUUGGUUUUGCCUAUAACAUAUAUUGAUUUCAAAUUGAUUGUAGAUGUUUGUGGCUUUAUGUUUACAGUUUAGUGCCAAUUAAAAAUGAGUCCCCAUAUUAGCUGUGAAGUUGUCUUAUGCUUCUUUUCUGAUCAGUGGAAUUAUGUAAUAUAUCAUUUUCAUAUUGAAGUUAAAUAACAUGCAUACCAUUCAGGAACCAGUACUUUGGGUAAUAAUAGAUACCUAUCAGACUUGUGUAUUAUAGCAAUUAUUUGCUUUGCAUCUUGUCAGAAGACUUCAUAGUAGUUUAUGUAAGUGUGUUCAGAAAUCUUUAGUGAGGGUGGUUUAUGUUAAGGCACCUGUAGCAACACUGGUGUAUUUUGCCUUGAUUGCUUUUCCUAAGAUGAGUGGAGACACUGGCUGGGUUCACACAGCAAGACAAGCAACCCUAUGUAGUUACCAUAGUUCAUACUUUUUUUUUACCAUGAUCUACCCGACAGACAAACAGAUGUUUUCUAUGUUGUCAUGGUUUCCAUCCUCCCUACUUAGUCCUCCCACUGUUGGAAUGUAUCCCAUCAGCCACUGCACCUGAAAUUCAGUCCGUAGGGUCAUCAGUUCCUGCUUAUGUUGUCUGAUUCUUCCUCAUUGAUCUCUUCAUUGAGGCUGGAUGGCUGGAAUGGCUCCUGCAUUUGCUGCUCUUUGCAGGGGAUUCUUUGGUAGUUGCAUACCAGGACUGUGGAAACCAUGAUCCUGAGUUCAGACAAUAUAACAAGCCAUGAUGGUUCAGAGAAACCAUUUAUCAAGACAUCAUUUCCUGUUGUGGUUUCUAAAGACUAAACUUGCCAUGUUGAAACAUCAUGACUGGGUACAAACAACACAACAGACCAACAAUGGUAAAAAAAAAAAAAUACACCAUGGCUUUUCAUGUUGUCUAAACCUAGCCACUGUUUCAUAGAAUUUUGGCAAGAAAAUUAGAUUUAGCUUUUAAAAAUUAAACUGAGUCUGGGAGUAAAACAUGGAGGAUGCCCAUAAAUUAACAUGUGCUUGUAUAAAAACCUUGGAUUGUUGAAAGUGUAGAAGCUCUGGAAAUUGUUUUCAUAUGAAUUAAAGUUUGAAAAGACUUUAUAAAGGACCAGAGUUUGAAAAGACUUUAUAUGAUUAUUUGCAAAGGUAUUCAAAGGCCUCUAGACAGCUUCUAGAGAGUCAAUGGAUGUGUCUGAUCCCAGUUCUGAAGUUCAAAAAACAGCUCCAUCAUUAGUCUGAGGCAGUGCUUUUUUUGUAAGAAAAAAGGUGCCAGAACUCAUGAAAUUAUUUACCUUUCGCAUGUAGUCAAUCACUGUACACACACCCACACACGUCAGUUGUG